GGGGUCCUGUCAUACGACAGCAAAGCAUGGCUGUGCCAAAGCGCCGAAAGGAGCAGAAGGAGGAGGAGGCGGGGCCAGUGAAGCAGCGUAAGCUAGACGGAUGGUGCAGGUCCAACUCGGCUCCGGUCCUGGGGGUGGCAGAGCUGGCGACGCCCGUGCGCGCCCGCUCGGCGCCGGACUUGGGGCAGGAGCGCAGCUUACGUCUCAAAGGCACUUCUCGAAUGGAAAUCCGCGCGCGGAAGAAAGCGGAGGUGCGCACCAGUUUAUACUACACGCUACGCGCAGCCUGGAGGUGGUGCUGGUCCCAGACUCAGACGAGGAGCCGGAGCCGCAGCGCCCCAAAGUGCUGCGCAUCUCGGCGGGGCGGGCGGCGGCAGCGGCAGGGGUUCACUGCUACGCAGACGUGGGGGAGAUGUUUCUGGAGCUCCUCUACCAGGACCUGCCGGAGUUGCUCCUGGAGGACGCUCGCCUGGCAGGUGCCGAACUGGUGGCGCCAGAUCAGGAGAGGGCCCGGCUGCUGGCGAAGAGUGGGGAGGCGAGGCACCUGGAAGCGGCUUUGGCCUCGGCGGCGAAGGCGCCAGGCGUCGAGGCCCAGAAAGUGGCGCGCCAGGCGCUGCAGGAGGUUGUCGCCCGAGCAGAGAAGCAGCGUCGCCUCAGCGAGACGGAGGCCGCUGAUCUGCGCCAGAUGUUGGAGCUGGAGGUCAACUUGACCUUCGGAGCCCGCCAUGAGGACACCGCCCUGGAGAGCUACGAAGCCCGUGUGGGCAGUCGCGUUUAUGGCCAGCAGCUCCGCGUAUUCGCGGCCAUGCCAGCAGAGGGCCCUGAUGCCGCCCUUCGAUACCUUCCAUCACCACACGAGAACGUGCGGCCCCGGGAGGAUGGCGAAACCAAGGGCGGUCGUGAGAAGAACAAGCAGAAGCAAGAUGGGCCGUUGCCUCUCUUCUACCUCACCGGCUUUGUGGAUGCCCUUGUGGAUGUGCCUCGCGGCGCCGCACCGCCGAAAGGCUCCACUACGCUGCCACCUGCCCAGGCUUCUGAGACGCUGGUGGUGGAAGUGAAGCACCGCAUGGGCCGCAUCAAGGACCCCCCCGAGAUCUACGACGUGGUGCAGCUCUGCAGCUACUGCCGGGUGCUGGGCACUGCCCGGGGGGACCUGGUGCAGUGCCUCCGGGCCAAGACCGGAGAUGUGAUGCACGUGACGCGCAUCGACUUCUCCGAAGGUAGCCCUGACGGCAUGGGCUUUGACAAGCAUGUGCUGCCGGCACUGUAUGCCACCGCCCGCGCGGUAUAUGAGAAGCGCGACGACCGCGCCUGGCGGAUCCAGCUGUUGCAGGCUUCGCCAGAGGAGCGCCGCCGGCUGAUUGGUGAGCUUUGCCCGCACCUAGAUAGAUAGCGCAUUCUUUGGCAGGUAGUUGCGCUGAUCUCAUAUUGCUUCUCC